UCCCCUGAUGGAAGCCAUCUUUGGUGUAUGUUCAGAUGGAACUAUCCUAGAAGUGGAUCUUCAAUCUGGACAAAUUCUAAAGACGGUGUCACUCUUCCAAGGGCAAUAUUGUCUUGAUCAAAACCUUGUUGGUCUCUGGAAUGCUGAGGCUAAGACUACCUAUGAUCCUUUAAGUUGGAUCAUUAUUCAAAACCGAAGUUCGUCCAGAGCUGCAUGCUGGGCCUGCCACGAAAAAAACACUUUUCAAAUUCAUACAGCUGCUAGCAGUUUUGGAAACACUAGAGAAAUUUCCAGCAUUUGCAUAUCUCCAUGCGGGCGCUGGCUUUUUCGUGGCUUGCAAAAUGGUUCUAUCUUAAUUACUGAACUUUCGGUUGACUUGGCGUUAUCUCAUGCACCUAAAUUGACAUCAGACUUCUCUGCUUUGUCCGAACCGUCUCAUACACAAUGGAAGCAUCACCUAUGUACUGACAUACAUUUAGGUGCUGUCACUUGCAUAAGUUUUAAUCAUUUUGGCUGGGUUGCUACAGGCGGUGAGGAUCAAGUGAUUCAAGUUGCACAUAUAUCUAGCCUUCUAUCUUCAUCGAAAAACCCUUCAACUUUGCCUUCGGUAAAAAUACAUGAACACACUCUUCCUAUCACAGGUGUCUGGCUAACAGAUGAUAAUCAGAUUUAUAGCAUCAGUCGAGAUCAGUCGCUCAAAUUUAGUGAUGUUUCUACACAAGCAUGCUUUGCUUCUAUUACAUUUCCUAGUGCACUACUUUGCAUGGCAAUUUCAAAGAUGGAGCAGUUCGUUUAUGUUGGGGCGCAGAAUGGAUACAUAUACAAGCAGGCACUUUGGAGAAUGACUGAUGUUCAGUCAAGCAACACUUCCUCUCUUUGGACAAAAGACUUUCAAGAUUCUUGGAGCGGCGGUCAUACAUAUGAUCAAUCCUCGAAUAAUGUAUACAAGGAACACACUAAGCCCGUUAUUUGCCUAGAGUUGUCCUAUGACGGUUCAAAACUAAUCUCUUCUUCUCUAGACGGCCAGCUUUUAAUUUGGGAUGAACGCACUUGUCGCACAAUCAUCAAAAUCCAAUCACCAAGUAGUGGACCGCUCGUUUGGAUAAGACUGAUAAUUAGGUUAGCAGAAAAUGUGCAAAGACCCAAGCAAAAAGAAUCAAAAAAAUCGAAUCAUAGCAUUCCUCUUAUACUGAAAAAAAAUAGCCAACACGAAAUUUUUAUAGCACGUGGUGCAUCGUUGAUCAACCAAUUUAUAGACAACGUAGACAGCGAUAUCGCCAGUGAUCAAAGUAUACUUCGUACACUCACCUACUUGCCUAAUAACUCAAAAAUAGAAGAACUGGUCAAGGAAAACAACGAGCUAAGAGAAACCAAUGAAUAUUGGAAAAAGGCAAGCAACAGAAUGCUCAACAUGUCGAUCUCACAGUGUACAGAAUAGAAUGACUCCCUUAACGCGUACAAUUUUUGAUUAUCUGACCUCAAACCGAAAUGUACCCAGCAAAGUUCGUACAGAAUUUGUUUAUUAAACAUAUGAUAUUCGCUA